UAAGUGCGUCUUCUGGGACUGAAAGUACAACAUCAUGGCGGAGCUAAAGAGAUACGGGUGUGACUGGGCUCUAGAGCCAUUCCCAGACGCAAGGAGGAAGAGUCAGCUGCAGAUAUUUCAUUCCAUUAUUUGGAUCCCUCUCCUCUUCCUUCUCAUGGGACUAGGAGCCUCUGGAAAGGAAACAUCCCCUAGAGUGUUGUCAGGGAUCCUAGGUGGUUCUGUGACUUUCCUGCUAAACAGCUCAGGGGGUGAAGAUAUUGAGCAUGUUGCGUGGAGCUUUCCCCCAAAGAGUCUUGCUUUAGCACACUCCAAAGGCGAUAUAUUAAUUCUAGACAAAGAAUACAGUGGCCGACUCAAGAUCAGCAACGGCAGCUACUCCUUGUGCAUGACCAACUUAAAAAAGGAAGAUUCGGGAUCCUACCAUGCUCAGAUAAACAAAAAAAAUUCUGUUGUCACCACAGUGGAAAAUUUCAUACUGCACAUCUAUGAGCAGCUAAAGGAGCCUCAGGUGUCCAUGAAAUCUGUCACCUCAUCUGAGAAUGACUCCUGCAUCGUCACCCUGAUGUGCACAGUGAAUGGGACAGAGGACGAUGUCCACUACAGCUGGGCCCAAAUGGACACCCAUUCUAAUGAAUCCCACGGCAGCCACAUCCUCAACGUUUCCCUGAGUGCCUGUGACCCGGACCUACCAUAUACCUGCACAGCCCGGAAUCCAGUCAGCCAGAGCAGCUCCCAACCUGUCCGUGUCUGGCCGUUCUGUACAGGAGCCUUCAGAAGGAAGACAGUCGGGGAGACCGUAGUAGGGAUCCUAGGAGAGCCAGUGACGCUCUCCUUGGCAUCUCUGGCCAGUCAAGACACCAGGAAUGUUGUCUGGCUGUCUAUCAGCAAAGAAUGGAAAGGAGCAGCAACAGCCGAUCCUCGCCAGACACUCAAAGAUCCUGAAGAAAAAAGAGUGAGGAUCUCUGAGGAGGACUACUCCCUGAAGAUCAGCCAGCUGAAGAUGGAGGAUGCUGGCCCCUACCAUGCCUAUGUGUGCUCAGAGGCCUCCAGAAACCCUAGUGUGAAGCACUUCACCCUGCUCAUCUACAAGAGACUGAAGGAGCCCAGUGUCACCCAGAGUCCUGUGCAAAUGAAGAAUGACAUCUGCAAGGUCACCUUGACCUGCUCAGUGGAAGAUGGUGGAAACAACAUGACCUACACAUGGAUGUCCCUGCAAAAGGAAGCUGUUAUGUCCCAAGAAAACUCAGACCUCAGCGUCUCUUGGAAAAGUGGUGAACGUCUGCCGGACGUUACAUGCACAGCCCACAACCCUGUCAGCAACAGCUCCAGACUAUUUUCUUCUGAGACCAUUUGUUCAGGUCCUAAGGGACACAUGAAGCUUUGGAUCACACUCCUGCUGGUGUCCACCAUCCUGUUGUUCUCGGGGAUGCUCGGUGGUUGCUAUAUCUUGAAGCAAAAGAAGCAGUGUUCAUCUUUGGCCAUCAAGUACAGGCAAGCCGAGGUCCCAGCUGAAAUACCAGAAACCCCAGGCGGCCACAUGAAAUUUGCCAUGCUCUCCCAAAGGUAUGAGAAAUUAGACAUGCCUGCCAAGACUACCAGGCCUGCACCCACACCGGAUACCAGUUCUGAGAGUAGUUCAACUACAGAAGAGAACGAGGAGAAGAUCAGAGUGCACAGCACUGUCGAUGGGAGAAAUGGGGUGUGUGACUUGGUCACUCAAGAGGACACCGCACAUGAUUUGUCCUCUGAGGGUCAAGCAGAGUACGACACAGUCACCCUAGAUGACACAGUGCUUAAGACUGAGGAUGAAGAGGACACGGCAUAUACACAAGUGUGCCUGAUUGUGCAGGGAGACACCUCAGUUCUUCAGAAGAAAGAAGCCUCAAAUACAAUCUACUGCUCUGUACAGAAGCCUAAGAAGAUGGUGCAAACACCACAGCAAGAUGCCGAGCCUUCUGGAAGCCGUACCUAUGAGAAUUUCACCUGAAGCAAAAAGCAGCUGCUAUCUUUCCUGGGGUGAGGAUCUGGAGAAAAAGAGACCUCAUAAAUUCUGUUGUUUCUACAAAAAGAACACAUUGGAAUUUCCUGCCAUGGCUCAGACUUGCCUGAAUUUUAUCUCUUCCUCUUCUUCCCGUCCCCGUUACCUCAUUAGCCCGUUUAUAAGUCAGACAGAGACUCCUUGGAGCCUAAAGUCUUUGAACCUCCUUGCUUUAUUUGUCUCUAUUCAACAUUUACAGUUCCUCCUCUGAACUAAAACCCUACAAAGAGUUCUUUCCUGCACAUGGCCUUGGAUCCUCAUGUCUUCUGUGCCCUGUAUUGCAUACAUAGGUGUGUCUAGUCUUUCAGGCAGAGCUUUAUAGUCAGUAGGAGCUUAUGUAUGACCAGUGUGAUGGUUUGAAUAAGAACGGUCCCCAUAAGCAUAUACUUGAUGCUUAUUAAU